GCGACGAAGCCGAGAUAAACCGUCAAGAACCGUCGACCAGUGAAGUCGUGUAUCUCGCAAGCGCUCUUCUGUCUACUAGCGAGUCCAUUCUUAGUGAAGUGAGGUGCCACUUGUGCCUCCAUCGAAUCCAAUUUCGUUCCGAUCUUACCGCACGCAGUGUCUGUUCAGUUUACGCUUGGUGAUCAUUUCCCAGUGGGGUUUGCCCGUGGAAUCCGUUCGCAUACUUGGUCCCAAGUGAUCGUGGCCACUAGCGUACCGAAACCGUCUAGGCAUAGGCCGCACAUGCCACCCCCCAUCGCGUGUGUUUGUUGAAUUUUCAAACAACGAGAACGAGAGUGAAAAUUGUUUGUCGGUCGCAGAACACGGGUGAAAGUUCAGCGGAUUCGAUCGAACCACACCCCGUGUGUGCAUCUGUUUAGUGUUGCUCGAGCUAAAGGUGCGGCGCUUCAGCAAAACAGUGAUCACCCGCCCAAAACAGCCGAACAGCCCUGGUCCCUGCUGCCCUCAGGUCAAACGGAGAAAAAUCGACGGAAAAAACCGGUUUCCGCAGAGUAAGGUGCUUGGUUGCUGCUGUUGCUCGUGUGUCUGCUGUGCGUAUUGAGGAAAGGUUGAAAAAGAAGGCAGCCAGAGGGAAAACUCCUCUCCAGCCAUCAUUCGCACAAGAUGCACAUCCAUCCGAGCUCACCGAACUCGUCGCAGUCGGAGGACGAUGCGGCCACAAAAAUUCAGGCCGGAUUCCGUGGCUACCGGGUGCGCAAACAGAUGCGCCAGGGUAGCAAGGGUGGGGCCGGAACAGCGAAUGGCAUCGCCAACGGCGGGGGCAGUGGCGUAGGAGGAUCGUCCGCAGCAGCCGUGGUUGGAGUGGUUGGCCGCAACCAAGGAGUCGGUGUCGGAGUCGGGGCCGGAACCGGUCACGGAUCGGUCACUGUCGAGGACAAAUCCGCCACCAAGAUCCAGGCCAACGUGCGCGGUUUUCUGGUGCGUAAAAAGCAGAAGGUAGCGUCGGAUGCGGCGACCAAGAUACAGGCCAGCUUCCGGGGCUUCCGGACGCGCAAGGAGCUGAAGUCGAUCAAGAAGGACAAAUAGAGAAGGUCACGGUGGUUCGGCUUCUGCGUCGCCACGGUGCGAUCGUGGUGGACGACGACGGCGACGGCGACGAGAAGUGAACCAUAGGUCCGCGCUGAGCAGCGAGUCUGCUUUGCUUUGUUACGAGCCGAUGAUGUUGGUGCUUCGGGAUACCUGAUGUAGAGACGAUUGUGAUAAGAUAAAGGAAGGGUUUUUGGGUCGCGAUGACCCAAGCCGAAGACAGUGGAGAAAGGCGAAAUGAAAGGAGGCAUUUUAUGGGGAAUGGCUGUUGGAAGAAUGGUCUUCGGCUCGGCACGGGGUCAGAGCGAUCGUACCGUGAGUCUACUGUUGUGCUGCCGACGGCUUACGGGCAAGAUGUGAAGCUGGUGUAGGAUAAGAAAUGAAAAACAAACGUUUGGCUGUAGAUCUUCUUCAACUGUACAACCCAUGAAAUUAGACAGUCAUCUCGGAAGAUGUGGAAAAGGAGGGAGCCUUAGGUGAUCGUAUACCUUAGUUACCAUGAUCGUCGUCGAGAGACGUAAAGAGAGGCGAGAGCCAUAAAGAAGCAAUGGUAGGGACGGUCCCGUCCGUGUUUGGUGAACUCACAAUUUAACCGCGUUCCCCGUGGCUAUUUAGUUCUUAGCUCCAUUAGUUAUGUGCGCCUCGCUCGCUUGCCUAACUCCAGCAACAGUCCAGCCAUCAUCUGCUACUCGGUGGCUUAAGCAUAUUCAUGAGUCCACCACAAUGCACAACAGAGCAGCGUGGCGGCAGCAGCAGAGGUUGUAUAGUUGUUGAUGUUGUUUAAGAACCAAAUGGAAUGUAUGCGCAUCUAGCGAGUGCCUUACUAACGCGUCUAACGAGUUUGGCCGCUGGACGGUGACGGAAUGGAUGCGUCAUGCUCUCUGGCUGUCUGUUGCAAUCGGUCCGCAUCAAUUGCUUCAUCCUCGUUGGUGUGUUUCAAAUUCAUCCCCGAUGCCUUGUAUUCCUAUUCUAUGUGUACUGUUCCAUGUUUCCGGAUUAUGAUUCCCCGGAUCCAGCCUAAAGAAAUUGAGGAUUCCAUGGUUUCAUCUCCAACGUGGGUACGUGCUUACCACACCAAAAAGGCAAAUCCCUGACCAUUCGGCAUGUCGGUUCGCGAGUAGAAUUUAAGGGAUGAUGGAAAGUGAAAGCAAUUAGAAGGCCCCCGGGCAGACGCCGGCAGACACAUAGCAUUACUCCUCUCCUACUGCACGUAGCUCUUGACUUCUCCGCUGAUGUAAACCAGAACACCGAAACCGGUGUCUGCCCCAAAUGUAUUACAGGAACUCGAAGCGUGAAUGGGGACGGGGUAAAAGAGAUGCUGAUGCUACAUGACUCCGACACAAAUGUCUUGUCCGGCUUACAGGGCAACUUUUAGAGAAUCUGGGCUCCAAACAGGUAUUUUAGACGUGCAUUAUUCUCUUUUAUUUUAGUGAUAUGUUUCAACUAUGCUCUGUUAAAGUUAGCAGGAUGUGCUCUGUACGUACAUUGAACGUUAUGUAACGUUAUGUAAUAAAAACGUUAUGUAGAACAAUAAAGCUGUAAAUUGAUAAAAAAAAUAAUGAAAAAUGUAA